CUUCCCUCCUGAUAUCAAAUAUGAAGCUGUCAGGCCUGCUGGCUGUGUUUUUAUUCCUAUGCAUUGACAGGAGAACUUUCGGAGUAUCUCAUCCUAAACCGGCCUGCCGUUAUCCUCCGUCGCAGUGGUGUCGAUCACUGGAGAUAGCGAUAGAAUGUAAGGUUCAGAAGCAGUGUAUGGAGGUGAAUGCUACCAAACCAAGCAAGGCUGUUCCUCCAGUAUCUGUCACCCUGUACUAUGAGAGUUUGUGUCCAGCCUGCAGAGUCUUCAUCUCCCAGCAGCUGUUCCCCACCUGGACAAUGCUGCAGGACAUCAUGACCGUCACUCUGGUGCCCUACGGGAACACUAAGGAGCUUCCUUCAGCAAAUUCUCCCUUCACCUGUCAGCACGGAGAGCCUGAAUGCAGAGGAAACAUAAUUGAGGCCUGCAUCAUCCAUCUAACAGGACACUCAGCACUUCACAUCAUCUACUGCAUGGAGUCAGCUGCAGAUGUUCUCAGUGCUGCCCAGCCUUGCCUCCAGCUCUACGCUCCCUCUGUCUCUUGGUCAAGUGUCGACUCCUGUGUGAAAGGAGAUAUGGGAUACCAACUCAUGCACACCAACGCUGUUAUGACCAGAGCUCUGAACCCUGCUCACACUCACGUGCCCUGGGUCACCUUCAAUGGGGAAUACACAGAGGAGAAUGAAGACAAGGCGAUGUCUUCCCUUUUCUAUUUGGUUUGCCAGCUUUACAAGGGGGUGAAGCCUCCACCCUGCACUGGAGCCCCGGUCAGACUGAACAGAAGCUUCUGCUGAACACACCAAAAAUCAGCUUUAAAAUCAGCUUGUCUGUGUGUUGCCUGCAGGAAAAUUGAUCAUAACACAGAUAAUAUAUCAAAU